UACAGGUGUGGCCAGCAACAUAGUCCUGUCCUUUGCACUAUAAGGGGUCCUGUCUCCAAGUCACCUCCUCUCAGUGAUGGCUGGGCAGACAGGUAUGAUGUGACAGAAGGGUAUCAGCGGGAAGCUGUCGGUGGAAUAACGAUCAAGCUCCAGUCUCCUGACGUGAAAUGGUUUGAUGAUUACUACCUACAGCUUCGGCCAGAAACCAAUCAUCGAAAUCCGUGGUUUCAGGAAUUCUGGCAGCACAGGUUCCAGUGCCGCUUGGAAGGGUUUCCUCAAGAGAACCCCAAAUACAACAAGACUUGCACAAGCCAGAUGACUCUGAGGACGCAGCACGUUCAGGACUCCAAGAUGGGCUUUGUAAUCAAUGCAAUAUACUCGAUGGCGUACGGCCUCCACAACAUGCAGAUGUCACUGUGCCCAGGCUACGUGGGCCUCUGUGACGCCAUGAAGCCCAUAGAUGGUCGGAAACUCCUGGAAUCCCUCAUGAAGACUAACUUUACCGGGGUCUCUGGGGACAUGAUCUUGUUUGACGAGAAUGGAGACUCACCAGGACGAUAUGAAAUCAUGAAUUUUAAGAAAAUGGGGAAGGACUACUUUGAUUAUAUCAAUGUUGGCAGCUGGGACAACGGUGAGCUGAAAAUGGAUGAUGAUGAAAUAUGGUCAGAGAAAAAUAAUAUCAUCAGAUCUGUGUGCAGUGAACCCUGUGAAAAAGGUCAAAUUAAGGUGAUCCGUAAAGGAGAAGUGAGUUGUUGUUGGACCUGCACUCCUUGUAAAGAGAACGAAUAUGUGUCUGAUGAAUACACAUGCAAAGCCUGCCAGCUCGGCUCCUGGCCCAAUGACGAUCUCACAGGUUGUGACCUCAUCCCAGUCCAGUAUCUCCGAUGGGGUGAUCCUGAACCAAUUGCAGCAGUUGUUUUUGCAUGUCUGGGUCUACUGGCCACCUUGUUUGUUACAGCUAUAUUUAUAAUGUACCGUGAUACUCCAGUGGUCAAAUCAUCCAGCCGAGAACUUUGCUACAUCAUUCUAGCCGGCAUCUGCUUGGGUUAUUUGUGCACUUUCUGUCUCAUUGCGAAACCUCAACAGAUUUACUGUUACCUUCAACGAAUUGGCAUCGGCCUCUCCCCAGCUAUGAGUUAUUCUGCUCUAGUAACUAAAACCAAUCGCAUUGCAAGGAUCCUGGCUGGAAGCAAGAAGAAAAUUUGUACAAAGAAACCUAGGUUCAUGAGUGCCUGCGCUCAGCUUGUUAUUGCAUUUAUCUUGAUAUGUAUACAAUUAGGCAUAAUUGUUGCCCUCUUUAUAAUGGAGCCACCAGAUAUAAUGCAUGAUUACCCAAGCAUCCGAGAGGUCUACCUGAUCUGCAACACCACCAACUUGGGUGUGGUAACUCCACUUGGAUAUAAUGGAUUGUUAAUUUUGAGUUGCACCUUUUAUGCAUUUAAGACAAGAAAUGUCCCAGCUAAUUUCAACGAAGCAAAGUAUAUUGCAUUUACAAUGUAUACCACUUGCAUCAUUUGGCUGGCCUUUGUGCCAAUAUAUUUCGGAAGCAACUACAAGAUAAUCACCAUGUGUUUCUCCGUGAGUCUGAGUGCCACGGUGGCCCUCGGCUGCAUGUUUGUUCCGAAGGUCUAUAUCAUCCUUGCUAAGCCUGAAAGGAAUGUACGCAGCGCAUUCACCACGUCGACUGUGGUCCGCAUGCACGUAGGGGAUGGAAAGUCGUCUUCAGCUGCAAGCCGCUCCAGCAGCCUGGUGAACCUGUGGAAAAGACGAGGAUCAUCUGGUGAAACCCUUAGGUACAAAGGCAGGAGACUGGCCCCGCCCAAGUCGGAAAUAGAGUGUUUCACCCCAAAAGGGAGUAUGGGGAAUGGUGGGAGAGCUACAAUGACCAGUGAAGAAUCUGUUUGCAUUCCAGACUGUAAUCGAUCUGAGUCAAGUAGAGAGGAGAAAAAAGUUCCCGUUAAAGAGGAUUCCCUAACAGUCAAAAAGACUGGAAACUGUGUCAGUCUAAUAGUUCCACAGCAAGACUGUCAGCUGCAAGACCUCCUCAAACACUCUAACGGGAAGUCAGUUUCCUGGGCCCAGAAUGAGAAAAGCAGCAGAGGAGCACACCUUUGGCAGCGGUUGUCAGUCCACAUCAACAAGAAAGAGAACCCCAAUCAAACCGCAGUGAUCAAGCCUUUUUCUAAAAGCACAGAUAGUAGCCGACAUAGUAGCAGCGCUACAUUUCCUGAGGCCAGUGCCAAAACGCUUUACGACGUUUCGGAAGCAGAAGAGCAAUACCCAGCUCAGUACCGGCCGCAGACUCCUUCACCUAUCAGCACCUUGAGCCACAGAACUGCCUCCGUCAGCCGAACGGAAGACGAUGCCCCUACCUUCCAGUCAGAGCCUCCUCAGAGAAGUAGCUCCUCUCAAGGCUCCCUCAUGGAGCAGAUCAGUAGCGUGGUUACUCGCUUUACAGCCAACAUCAGCGAGCUGAACAAUAUGAUGCUUUCGACAGCCUCUCCAGGGACAAUGGUGGCCACUCCUCUCUGCUCUUCAUACCUGAUUCCACGGGAGAUCCAGCUUCCUACCACAAUGACCACGUUUGCAGAGAUCCAACCGCUUCCUGCCAUUGAAGUCAAUGGCGCUUCGCAGUCAGACAGGAAACCUUCGAAUGGUAGCGUCAAAGAAGGCACUUCAGAGACCCCAUCAGCCAAGCAAGACCUUGAGGAGCUGGUAGCUUUAACUCCUCCUUCUCCUUUUAGAGACUCCAUUGAUUCUGGAAGUGCAUCUCCCAGCUCUCCGGUUUCUGAAUCAGCUCUCUGUAUCCCAUCAUCCCCAAAGUAUGACACGCUCCUCAUCAGAGAUUAUACUCAAAGUUCUUCUUCGCUGUGA